UGUCGUGUAUCACACGGGACACCCUCAAUGUGCCCUCCCAUGCCGAGCUUGCCCCUGAAGAAAUCCUUGGUCCUUGGAACGAUCCUAGAAUCAGGGCGCUGGGCUUUAAAGACGGCCAAUCCUCUCUCCUUUUGUCUCUGUUGAUAGGCUACUUCUCCAUUAUGGCUUCAGCCGCUGCCUUCAAGACUCCCAGCAAGUCCUCUGACGGAACGAAAUCAGGACAAGGUUGCCCUUCACCCUUGAUAACUAUUCCAGCCUCUCCCUUUAUGCAGAAGCUUGGAUACGGAACUGGAGUCAACGUCUACCUUAUGAAAAGGUCUCCCAAAGGGGUCUCCCGCUCUCCCUGGGCUGUGAAGAAAAUAAACCCCCAAUGUGACUCUUUCCGGCGAAGCACGUACCAAAAGCGACUGAACGAAGAAGCCAACAUUCUAAGAACCCUUCAGCACCCAAAUAUUGUGGGCUAUCGUGCGUUCGCUGAAGCCAAAGAUGGCAGCAUGUGCCUUGCCAUGGAAUAUGGGGGAGCAAAGUCUCUCAAUGACCUCAUCGAAGAAAGGAAUGAGAAACACCAGGGCCCCUUUCCGGCCGCCACUAUCCUCAAAGUGGCCUUGCACAUGGCAAGGGGGUUGAAGUAUCUCCACAAUGACAAAAAAUUGCUUCAUGGGGACAUCAAAUCUUCCAACGUUGUCAUUAAAGGUGACUUUGAGUCAAUAAAGAUCUGCGACGUGGGUGUUUCGCUACCUCUGGAUGAGAAUAUGACAGUGAGUGCCCCAGAAGCAGUUUAUGUUGGCACAGAACCCUGGACACCCAAAGAAGCUUUGGAGGAAGGUGGCCUCAUCACUGACAAGGCUGACAUCUUUGCGUUUGGGCUAACUCUGUGGGAAAUGAUGACACUGUCUGUGCCCCAUCUCAACCUGCCUGGGGAUGAUGAAGAGUCUGCGGAAGAUGCCUCCUUCGAUGAAGAUGACUUUGAUGAGGACGCUUACUAUGCAGCCCUGGGGACCCGGCCUCCCCUCAAUGUGGAGGAGCUGGGCCCAUCGUAUCAGAAGGCCAUCGAGCUGUUCUCUCUCUGCACCAUGGAGGAGGCAAGGAAGCGUCCUGCAGCUGCACACAUUGUAGAUGUCUUGGAGGCAGAGGGCUCUGCCCAGUAAGGGCCCCUGACUCCCAUCGCUGCUGCUGUAGCACCACCACGGGAGGGAAGCAUCUCCUCUUCUUGCUAUAUGUCUAGAGUGUAUAUAGAUUUUUUUAAAUUGUUUUUACAAAGAUAGUGAACCUUCUGAUGUCAAUAGUUUUAUAGAAAGGGCUGAUCUUAACACUUCUCAGUUUUGAGCUAUUUGGGACACCCAGACUAUGUAUUUACUUUAUAAGAAAGAUAGUUCUGAGUACUGUAUACAGUGACACUUUUUUUUCCUAUUGACUUUCAGCUGAUUUUGAGGUCCUUCUGUUGAUGAAUGCUUCAAUACUGCAAAUAUUACUUUCUCUUCCUGUACUCCUCAGUUGGGUUCUGGUCAGUGGUGUAUAUUUGCCUUGUUUUUGACUUGUAGCUUCCAUUUCUUUUAGUCUUUUGUUAGAUCAAAUAUGUAUAAGAGUUUCUACAAUAAACAAGGCAAUAUCCAAGCGUGCAAGUAAGGAUGGUGGUGAA